AUGGCGAACCUGUCGAUUCCUGUUCUAAUACUUGUAGCGUUCGGAUGUGCUCAGGUGUUUUCCGACGAAUUUUAUUGCGCCAUCUGCACUGGGAAAGCUGACUACAACAAGCUGGUCGACGGAUGUUUUGGGAAAAAAAUAACUUUGGCCUACUGCAAAAAUGAAAAUAUUAAUGGCUGUUAUGCCGAAUUGAAAAUAAACACAAAAAGUAAAACUGUUGAAAUCGAGAGGGGAUGCACGCCGAAGUUCGAACAAAACUUGUACACUUCAGUUGAGGGAGAUGUCAUCUCACUGAAGAAGUUCUACGUGGAGAACGGCAGCAAUUGUAAUAACGGAAACACGCCGUUCAGUUUCAACAGUCUGACAAAUGAGCAGAGGAAAGAAUAUGAAGCAGCAGUCAAAGAUUGGAAAAGUUCAGGAUGCGAUUGGAACAGGUGGCGCGCUGAAAAGAGCGGGUAA